CGACCAAGUGUAAUUGGUGCAUCGCUGGAAGAACCGUGUCCUGGCUGGGUGGAUAAUAUUUAUGGAGUUACAGGUACGUGUAGAAAAAGUUAUCAAUUUCCUUUAAUAUAAACUAGUAAAUUUCGUUUUAUCUACUUUAGUAUAGUUAUUAUUCAAAUUUCUUUAUUUCUUUAAUUAUAUUUCAAAUAAUAACAAUUCUUUACGUUAUGGGAUUUUCCCUAACUUUCUUAAGAAGGAAAACAGUCAAUUUUUGUUUUUUUGUUUAAAGAAUUACUUUUUUUGUACGUUUUGAUGUAUUAAUUACUGGCAGUGCUUUCAGACAGCUUUGAAGCGCAAUAUAUAAAUUCGUGUAACGUUAGUGAUACGUUAUUUAUAUACGUUAUAUAUUACUAUCUUUAUCGUCAAUGUAUUUUCGAUAAUAUAUUUUCAAAAUAUUUCAAGAAUUGAGAAUGAUUUUCUAACGCAAUUUAACGUUACAGCUAUUGGUGUGCAAGUCGGUAAAGGUAAUGUAAAGGUGUUACCAGCUAAGAAAGACAUGAGAUUGGAUUUAAUACCUGUUGACUACGUAGUCGACACGGUAAUAUGUGCAGCAUGGCAUGUCACCAUACAUCCUGAUAAUGAAGUUAAAGUGUAUAACUGUACGAGCAACGCUGAUCCUCUUAGCUGGGAAAAACUGAAAAAUAUUUUCCUGGAAUGCAGCUUGGAAGCGCCGCCGAACGAUAUAUUAUGGUAUCCGUAUUGCAAAAUUGUAGAGAGCAGAUUCCUUUACAAUAUUUUGAAUAUAUUCUUACAUGUUUUUCCUGCAUUUGUGAUCGAUAUUUCUUUAAAACUUCGGGGUAAGAAACCAAUAAUGAUGAAAAUUAACAAGUAUUUCAAUAACCUGCUUACAAUGUUACAUUACUUCAGUUUUCACGAAUGGUCUUUUCAUAGAGAUAAUGUUUAUAAGAUGGCGGAGGAUAUAAAGGUGUUGAAAGACAGUAGUAAAGUGAGAUUGGAUUUGCGAGAUAUGAAUUGGAGGAAGUAUAUUGCAAAUUACCUGUUGGGAGGUAUAAAAUUCAUUUUGAAGGAAGAAUCUGAUCCUAUAAAGGCAGCGCGACGGUUAUCAAUGUUCCAUUGGAUACAUAAUAUGACUCUAAUAUUUGGUACAGUCGCUUUUUUAGCUAUAAUAUUAUAUAUUAUACAGUGACUAUUUAAGCCAUAGAUAUUUUUUUAGUGGAAAUUUGUACAAAGUAAUUUAUUUAAAUAAUUUAUUUAAAUAAAAUAAAUAAAUAAAAUUU